GUGAAUGGAAUUUUAAUAACAAAACAAAUUGUGUCCUCGACCUAGAAACUUUCGACCUUAACUUCAUCGGAAUGGAUAAACCAGCAUGUAAGUACGGUGCUUCAUGCUACCAAAAGAACCCAGCUCACAAGGAAAAGUACAGUCACCCGACUGAACCCACUGAUGAUGCUUCCACCAAGGCGGACGAAUCGCUGGAACACGAAUCACCGCAAAAAGCAGCCGAAACACCGGCAUCGUCUUCUUCUAAACGCCAGUCCGAGGACCAAUCAUCUGCUACCGGCGCGGAAGACCUGUUGAACGAAAUCAAGAAAUGCAAACGUCCGCCAACCCCGGAAAAAGACCACAACAACAAGGAGGAAACCGACCAGAGUCACGAGUACUACGGUAUGACCCGGCAACGGUACACCCUGCCGGAGGUGCCGAUGGAUGUUGGACUGAUGAGUGACAUAUACGAUCCGCAAAUUGAGUUCUCGAAGAAGGCUGAGUACAAGGAACUUUGCUCCGAUCCGAAGCAAUUCAUCAAGCAUAAGUUUUUGGUCGAUAUGCCGGCUUGUUUCGAUUCACUGUGGAAGUUUUGCGAAUCGAAAAACUCGGAUAAGCCGGUUGAAGUUUUCGACAAGCUGGGGUUGCGAUUAGUGGGGCCAUUUGACGUUCUGGCUAAAAAAUUUAUCGACGCGAAAAUGCAUGAACCUGGAGAUUAUCUUCGUCAUUGGAGAUUCUACUACGAUCCACCGGAAUUUCAGACAAUUCUAGUGAAAAAAGGAACGGGUCUGCAUUAUGGCUACUGGAGGGAUAGUCCAAGCGAGACCACCGGUCUGGUAGCAGUUAAUGACGUUAACAAGGGCUGUGAAAUCAAGCUGAUAGGAGAAAACUCUUUUGAUGCUGUAAUUCACUUUUUGGAAAAUGAAGUAACAACAACGCCCUUUAACAAGGCACAGAUUGCAUCGUUGAAGAAGUCACUCGAAGAGUGGGCGAAAGAUCACAACAUUCAGCUGAAAGGACAAGAACAGCUGCGUGCUCGCAAUAAAGCAGUUGUUUGUAAAACUUUCCACAAAGCUGGUAUUGUUGUUCCGUUCGAUCGAAAGAAAGAACUGGGCUACCGGCAGCUGUUGGAAAGCGAUGCCAAUUUGAAAAAGAUAUUGUCGAAAUUCGAUAGUAUUGAUAAGGCAACCGAUAAAGUCGCUUUUGAUAAGGCUAUGGAGGAUUUGCAGCCCGUCGUAACGGGGGCCUUCAUUGCCGUGGAUGAGUGCGACUUUGGGACAGCUUUGGAAUUGGCUGUAGAUUUAUUCUGCAGCGGUGCAUCAAGUUUGCACGAUGUUAUGAGGCCCCUCUUUGUGACGGCUUAUUCGAUGCUGAAAAGACCGCAAUUUAUUGCGAUCAUGAAGUCUCAUCUAGACAACCGCCGUAAAGGGACUGAUUUGGAUUUGUUGCAUAAGUAGCCUUCCUUCGUCAGUAUUUUUAUACUAAAUAAAUUCUUACAUAAUGCCUA